AUGUGGGUUUUUGCUGAAAAUGUGUUUUAUGGUCUGGGAUUGUUUGCAAAAAAACACUCUGCUUUGAUGUAUAUGGGGUUGCAGAUGGCUAUGCAAAGUUUCACUGAAAAAAUUAUUGAGAAUGAGUAUGGGCCACAAGGUAAGGCACUUGGAGCUGCUGGUCAUCAGUACAUGACUUGGGCUGCAAAUUUGGCGGUCGGGUUGGGUACAAGAGUUCCCUGGAUUGAGAAUGAGUAUGGGCCACAAGGUAAGGCACUUGGAGCUGCUGGUCAUCAGUACAUGACUUGGGCUGCAAAUUUGGCGGUCGGGUUGGGUACAGGAGUUCCCUGGGUAAUGUGCAAGGAAGAAGAUGCCCCAGAUCUAGUGAAUUCAUGGAGGGAUGGGUUGCAUACAAGUAUAACCUCCCAAUACUUCCCCGAAAGUCAGGUCAGUGAAGUAGGGGAGAAUCAAAUUGACAGCACUAUUGUCAAUGAUGAAUUGCCGAUACAAACCUACUGCAGAUGGCAAAACUCCUAG